AUGGCUACUAAACGAAUGAACAUCCUCGUCUACUCCGGUGCGCUGACCCAAGAAGCAUGGCGAGCGAAUCAAAAUCUAAUGCUCUCUUCAGGAAACGGCAGCACUGUCGAAUCUGUCCGCCAUUGCCUGUACACACUUCGAAAGCUGCUUUCUCCGAAUUAUGCUGUGAUACCUGUUACUGGUGAUAUGCUCAUCAAAGAACCAUGGACAGCGAGUUGCGCCGCAGUGGUAUUCCCAGGUGGAGCUGAUCAGGGUUACUGCAAGACACUCAAUGGCGAAGGCAACAGACGCAUUCGCCAAUUUGUGGAACGGGGUGGCAUCUACAUUGGAUUUUGUGCUGGUGGCUACUAUGGCAGUAAAAGGUGUGAGUUUGAAGUCGGGAACAAACUUCUGGAAGUCGUGGGUGAUCGCGAGCUUGCAUUCUAUCCUGGCAUCGCUCGAGGCUGUGCAUUUCCCGGCUUCGUCUACCACAGCGAGAAAGGCGCUCGGGCUGCCGAAAUGAAGGUUGACAAGACAGUCUUAUCGGAAGGGACUGUUCCAACCGUGUUCAAGACCUACUACAACGGGGGCAGUGUCUUCGUUGACGCUCCGAAAUACAAAUCGCAGGGCGUGGAAGUGUUGGCGAGCUAUACGGAGCCUUUGAGUGUCGAUUCUGGAGAAGGCACAGCAGCUGUUGUAUAUUGCAAGGUCGGUCAAGGUGCAGCGCUCUUGACGGGUCCGCACCCAGAGUUUGUCUUUCUCGGAAAAGCAGUAGAUGACUGGCUAUUGACGAAGCCUAGAUUUGCUGCUGCCAACCUUGAGCCCAAGCCGGAAGUUCCUGGGUUCUCUAAUGUCAUCAAGACCCUGGCCGAGGACGAGAACCAAAGAAUGAAUUUCAUCAAGGCGUGUCUCACAAAACUUGGACUUACUGUGAGCGGCGAGCAUAACGUACCUUCCCUGUCUCCUAUGCAUUUAUCUUCAUUGCAACCUGAGAACACAGCGGCGGUGGUUUCAUCUUUGAGCCAUCUCAUUCAGAAGGAUGAGCAUGGCGAGGAACUCAUCCACGACGAAAAUGACACAUUUCGUCUUGUGAGAUUUUCCACGUGGAACAUGAAGGACCUGGAGAAAACCUUGGCUUCGCAAGCAGAGACAAAAGAAUCUGCUGACCAUGACGACGGCAGCUCCGACCGGAUUAUCGAUUAUAAGACCGUGGUCAAGGACAUUCUCGUUCAUGACGACAACUAUCCCCAAGCCCAAGCAACGCCCUACUUUAAUCAUCAGGCGUUCUAUGCCAAUCUUCAGAAAUACCAAUCUCAAACGCCGAGUGCUUCCAGCUUUGGCACUCACCUACUUUAUGGAGACGUGGUCACUUCGACAAAUACACUGCUUGAAAAGAAUACCAAGAUACUCCGCAAUCUUCCUCAAGGGUUCACCGCAACAGCCACGGUUCAGGUGGCAGGUCGAGGUCGCGGAUCCAACGUCUGGGUAUCGCCAGCCGGGAGUCUUAUGUUCAGCACUGUGAUUCGCCACCCCAUGGCACAAAUGCAAUCUGCACCCGUCGUCUUCGUCCAGUAUCUUGCUGCAAUGGCCAUUGUCCAGGGCAUCAAAUCUUACGAGGGGAAUCAGUAUAAGGAAAUGCCGAUCAAGCUGAAGUGGCCGAACGACAUCUAUGCCCUGGAUCCUACCAAAGCCAAGGGAAAUGGUGGUGAUCUGAACGAAAACUACACCAAGAUUGGAGGCAUUCUGGUUAACAGCCAUUAUAACACCAAGGAAUAUAUUGCCGUGUGCGGGAUCGGGCUAAACACCUCCAAUACUGCGCCGACCACCUCGCUAAAUCAGCUCACGCAGUUCCUCCGCAAAGAAGUGCCUCCUUUUACUCUGGAGAGACUGCUGGCCCGCAUUUUGACCGUCUUUGACGACCUCUACGCACGAUUCUUGCGGACAGGUUUUGACGAGGUCAUGGAAAAGAUGUACUAUGAGCACUGGCUUCACAUGGACCAGAUUGUGACACUGGAGGCCGAGGGCGGGCAGCGAGCACGAAUCAGGGGCAUCACUAGAGACUAUGGUCUACUGAUAGCAGAAGAGCUUGGGUGGGAAGACCGCGAGACUGGGCGCAGGUGGACUCUGCAGAGUGAUGCGAACAGUUUUGAUUUCUUCAAAGGUUUGGUAAAGAGGAAGAUAUGA